AUGCUCAAGGAUGUGAGCAACAUGAUCGCUAAAAUGCGCCGAAACUCGUAUACGUCGCCUGAUGAUAAUGUGUGCGUGAUGGAAGUGUUGCAAGAUUUCAGUGAGAGUCUUGGGAACUUGGCCAACGUAUUCCGUGAUGCCGAUACCAAGUUGACAAGUUGCAUCACAUUUCAGACGAACCUCAUGAGACCUAUGACGCGGCUGUUUCCUGAGGUGAUGUGUGUCGAUGCAACCCACGGCACUAGCAUCAACAGUCUUGAGAACAGCAUGAUAUUGACAUGUUUGGCCUGUGUGAAUAUAUAUCGCCUUUUCAGCUGUAUGUAG